UCGCACUGAAAUUCCGUCACAAACAUUGCCAAGAAUCGACGUGAUUGCGGACAAAAUUUUGUUUUUGCACUUGCUUGAAAAUUUCGCCUCCAUUGACGACCGGACGAUUAAGCCUAAUAUACCGCAGCCGUCUACGCCGCAAUUGUGCAACGGAUAACGAGACUACGUAAAGAGCAGCGAACGGGGAAAGCGCAGGGAAAAUGGGAAAAACUCCCACUUCGCUAGCGAACGAAAGGAAAGGGGAAAUUGUGUGAUGUCAUUUCGGCUGUUUCUUUUCGAGUUAAUUGAAACAACUUCCUGCGCUGCGUUUCAGUUUCUGGUGCCAAUGUGUGCGUGUGGCAGUGCGCUGGUGUGUGUGUGUGACGAACAUAUAUAGUGCAGAAUUAUUUGCCGUUAAAAGCGCACGGUUAAUUGGCCAUUAAGCGCUGUUUAAUUUACUAAUUUAGCGCGGCGAGAGGAGAAGAGAGGAGAAAACCCACACAGAUUUCAUUCCACACACACACACAUUCGCAUUCACACGGAAAAGAGAAAAGGUGAAACGCACGCACACACACGCAAAAAGCACACCGCGAGUGGUAUUGUGUGAGUGCGGGGUUUCGAUAAAAAAAAUUAACAAAAAAGCACUGAAAUACAACAAAAAAGUGCGGCAUAAACAAAUCGACUUUUAUCGAUUUCCCUCCAAAACAUAAAAUUGUAUAAACAAGAUUCCGCCCAGGAUAGAAGCAAUAUCAGCAACAACGAGGAGAAUCACCUGCCACGCCCACGGGCAGCUGUACCGUCCACCACCAACACCACCCUUCCCCGGCCACUAAGGAUACCAUCCAUCCAUCAUCACCAUGUCCAGCUCCAGCAACGUGGACAACGGCCUAUCGCCGGGCCAAUCCGUGCAGGACCUGCAAAUGGAGGUGGAGCGCCUCACGCGCGAACUCGACCAGGUGUCCUCCGCCAGCGCCCAGUCCGCCCAGUACGGACUGUCCCUGCUGGAGGAGAAGUCCGCCCUGCAGCAGAAGUGCGAGGAACUGGAGACGCUUUACGACAACACGCGCCACGAGCUUGACAUAACACAGGAGGCGCUGACCAAGUUUCAAACCUCACAAAAAGUGACCAACAAGACGGGCAUCGAGCAGGAGGACGCUCUGCUGAACGAGUCCGCAGCUAGAGAGACAUCGCUCAACCUCCAAAUCUUUGAUCUGGAGAACGAGCUUAAACAACUGCGCCAUGAGUUGGAAAGGGUUCGAAACGAGCGCGAUAGGAUGCUGCAGGAGAACUCGGAUUUUGGCCGAGACAAGAGCGACAGCGAGGCGGAUCGUCUACGCCUCAAGUCCGAGCUGAAGGACCUUAAGUUUCGGGAGACGCGAAUGCUCAGCGAAUACUCGGAGCUGGAGGAGGAGAACAUAUCGCUGCAAAAGCAGGUCUCCAGCCUGCGCAGCUCACAGGUGGAGUUUGAAGGUGCCAAACACGAGAUCCGUCGUCUCACCGAAGAAGUUGAGCUUUUGAAUCAACAGGUCGACGAGCUCGCCAAUCUAAAGAAGAUUGCCGAGAAGCAAAUGGAGGAAGCUCUAGAGGCCUUGCAGGGUGAACGGGAGGCGAAAUAUGCAUUGAAGAAGGAACUGGAUGGUCACUUGAACCGUGAGUCUAUGUACCACAUCAGCAACCUCGCCUACAGCAUACGCAGCAACAUGGAAGACAACGCCAGCAACAACUCGGACGGUGAGGAGGAAAAUCUAGCUCUAAAGCGUCUGGAGGCUGAUCUGAGCACCGAACUGAAAUCUCCCGAUGGCACCAAAUGCGAUCUGUUCUCGGAGAUUCAUCUGAACGAACUAAAGAAACUGGAGAAGCAGUUGGAAAGUAUGGAGAGUGAGAAGACUCAUCUGACGGCCAAUUUAAGGGAAGCUCAGACGAGUCUUGACAAAUCACAAAACGAGCUGCAGAACUUUAUGUCUCGACUGGCCCUUCUUGCAGCCCAUGUCGAUGCUCUAGUUCAGCUAAAGAAGCAAAUCGAUGUGAAGGAACAGGGCAAGGAAGGUGACCAGAAGAAGGAUGAACUAGAGCAGCAGCUGCGAGUUUUAAUCUCGCAGUAUGCCAACUGGUUUACGCUUUCCGCCAAGGAGAUCGAUGGCCUUAAGACUGACAUUGCCGAACUUCAGAAGGGACUCAACUACACGGACGCCACCACAACGCUGCGCAACGAGGUGACCAACCUUAAGAACAAGCUUCUUGCCACGGAGCAAAAGUCACUGGACCUGCAGAGCGAUGUUCAAACGCUUACGCACAUCUCUCAAAACGCUGGCCAAAGUCUGGGCUCAGCUCGCAGUACUCUGGUGGCGUUAAGCGACGAUUUGGCGCAGUUGUAUCACCUAGUUUGCACAGUCAACGGAGAAACACCAACGCGUGUUCUGCUCGAUCAUAAGACCGAUGACAUGAGUUUCGAGAACGAUUCCUUGACUGCCAUCCAGUCGCAAUUCAAAUCGGAUGUUUUUAUUGCCAAGCCCCAAAUCGUGGAGGAUCUUCAAGGCUUGGCGGAUUCCGUGGAAAUUAAGAAGUAUGUGGAUACAGUCAGCGAUCAGAUCAAGUAUCUUAAGACGGCUGUUGAGCAUACCAUUGAUUUGAAUAAACACAAAAUCCGCUCUGAGGGUGGCGAUGCUCUGGAGAAGGUCAACACAGAGGAGAUGGAAGAACUGCAGGAGCAGAUAGUCAAGUUGAAGAGCCUGCUGUCCGUGAAGCGCGAACAGAUUGGAACUCUGCGCAACGUGCUCAAGUCAAACAAGCAAACCGCUGAGGUGGCCCUGACCAAUCUCAAGUCGAAGUACGAGACCGAGAAGACCAUUGUCAGCGACACCAUGUCCAAGCUACGUAAUGAGCUCAGGCUUCUUAAGGAGGAUGCAGCCACUUUCUCAAGCCUGCGUGCCAUGUUCGCCGCUCGAUGCGAGGAGUAUGUGACCCAGGUGGAUGAUCUCAACCGCCAGUUGGAAGCAGCAGAGGAGGAGAAAAAGACUCUAAACCAGCUGUUGCGCUUGGCUGUCCAGCAGAAGCUGGCACUCACUCAGCGACUCGAGGAGAUGGAAAUGGACCGCGAAAUGCGUCAUGUCCGUCGGCCGAUGCCCGCCCAGCGUGGCACGAGCGGCAAGUCCUCCUUCAGCACAAGGCCUUCGAGCAGGAAUCCAGCAAGCAGUAACGCCAACCCAUUCUAACAUAAGAUCAGCGUGCAGCGUAAACUUCUGGCUUUGGUUUAUACUUUGCUUAAGUUGUAAAAUCGUUGGAGUUCCUGCGGAAUAGAGAGAUUCCCAAAAUCACAUGAUAUAUUGCAAACGUAUUCGAGAACGAAGCUAUAUCCCAGCUCUAUCCAACUACUAUAACUAUGUUUGUAUUGUACUUGUAUUUAUUGAAAGUUUAGUUAGACGAAAGUUUUGUGUUAGGCAAGGGAGAAACAAACGGUUAUUAACGGUUAGUUACUUAAACGUCCAAUUAAUUUAAUUAAAAAAUGAAAACGUUAAGGAAGAUUAAAUAAUAACGUAACGCAUUGUAUUUUUCUAUACACCAAUGGCGUGCUUGUCAUGAGGACGUCUGAUUGGUUUGAUCUAAGUUUGGUUAACUUUAUGAUUUUUUGAUUUUUGUUAACAACGCUGUGCGCAAGCGAAUAAAUUGACAAACUAAAAUGAUA